AUGACCUCUGUACAGAUUCAAACACUGCGUCAAGGACCCGAUGUCAACGAAUCAUUAGCUCAUGCAACAAGUUUCCUUGAUCGAUCUUUUCCCUCUUUUGAACAUGUUAACUCCGGAAACGUGCUGGCAGAUGCCAUAAACGAAGCGCGACGAGUUUCGGAGUCGUACAGCUCACAACUGGCAACAUCACAAGAUAGAGUUGAUAGCCUCAUCCUUGAAACAAGCGAGAAAGCGAAACAACAACUCGUCACUGCGCAAGAGCUGUCACUCUUACGACAUUCCUUAGCGGAUGAACUUACGAGUCUCACGGAGGAGUUGGAGUCUGCUGCAACGGCAGAAGGAUCAGAACCAUCCCUCCUAGAAGAGCUUGAAGUUCUACACCGUAACCUCAAAGAUCUUGAACUAGUCAAAGGAUUCGUCCAAAGCAUCCAUAAGGCACUUCAACUGAGCGAAUGCGCCAUCGGGAAUGUCGAACAAUUGCCCACGUCAACUCCUCUUUCGGAAGCUUCUCUGACGGACUACGUGCUUCUUAAACAACUCGUGCAGUCAGUGAAACGUGCAAGCCAGGAAGCCAACGACAGUACAGGACAGGAAUUGAAAUUAUCAUCUUUCCUAUCCGAUCUUGAAGACAAGACGUGGUUACGAAUAAAGGAUGUACUCUCCUCCAAACUACUUUCUUCUGCCGAAGGACUUCAUUGGCCCAUGCCUGUCGACUACGCGGCAGCAACAGUCGACACUCGCCGAGCCUUUGAAGGCGCGUUCGGAAACCUGCUUAGGUUACAAGACAUUGGAAAGAAGCUACAGCCAGAGAACGAGAAGUCCUCCAAAGAAGGCUUAUAUCCUCUACAAGCCCUUGUUCGACCAGCAGCUCAAAGAUUCAAAUAUCAUUUCGAUGGUACGCGGCAAACAAAUAGAUUAGACAAGCCCGAAUGGUAUUUUGCACAUAUUCUGAAUGUGUCCCACGAGCACCGCCCGUUCAUGGAGAAGGUUAUUCAGCGACUACUACAAAAUUCGAAAUACGCGUCAAUCAAUGCAUGGCGUGAAUUUACACGGCUACUCUUCCCAAUGAUUAGCAGGAAGCUUAAACGUUCCAUGCCUACUUUACUUCCUCACCCUCCUCUGCUUGCACAUACCGUAUAUCAGGCUCUUGCUUUUGAUGAUGCACUCCGAGAAGCUGGGUUUAGCCUUGCCAAUACAAUGGACUCCUCAAAAGAUGAUCAUGGUGAAUGGGAAGGUACCAGUGAAAUCAUCUUAGGCAACAAGGAAUGGUUCGAUAGUUGGUUAGAAGGUGAACGCAAGUUUGCUGAGGAUCAAUACUACGACAUUCUCAAUUUCCAUGAUCCGUGGCAAUUAUCCGACGAUUCCGAAGAAGCUGCCACUGGAACGGAUUUAUUGUCGACAAUUUCUGCUCGUCGGAUAAAGACCCUAAUUGAACAGAUAACAGAUCGCUACAGAGCGUUGCCGCACUUUCUUCACAGAACACGUUUCGUGAUUACUGUACAGCUGCCCAUACUCAAACUAUAUCAUACCCAAAUUUCGGAGACUCUUGAUGGUUUCGAAUCGCUCUCGUCGUAUUUCAUGCGAUCUGUCCCAGGGGCUUUGCCUGGACAAAUGGGUCAUAGGCAAGAUGGAAAGAGUACUGAAGGAGUGGAGGGUGCUCGGCGCAUAUUGAAGGCAUACAUCAGUGCAAAAUGGAUGGCGACUGUGAUGGCAAAUUGGGGAGAAGAUAUAUUCUUUCUUGAGCUUUGGCAUCAAAUAUGCGAGAAGUCGUCGCUACGGAUCCUCGUUGCAGAUAUCGACACGUUGCCAAACCCGCGUACCGUGAAGGAUGACAGCACAAUCUUUGAUGAGCUUGUGGCACUGUACAAGAAACUUACCGAACGUGCUGAGAGCAUGUUGAUCAGACAGAUCAGUGGUGAUGUUGAGACGGACCUCAAAGUGCAUUUGUUCAAACAACCAGAAAAAAGCCACGAAAGUGAAGAUGUCCUACCAUCCCAAACUCUCCUCGUGCCCGUGGCACGUCUUCAUGGACACCUUUCAUCACUCUCAAAGGAUCUACCUGCGUCAUUGGCUAUUGGAUUAUACCGCCAAGUCGCAAGUCACAUCGCAAAUCAUAUUUUUCACCGGCAGGUACUGUAUCGCGGACGUUCAAGGCUAUCUCCGCGAGAAGGGCGGCUAUUUCUUGAAGAGGCCGAGCUAUGGGUUCAAGCAUGCCGGACGGCGAUGGCUCCGUCUGGUUUACGACGCGUCGAGGGUCCUUGGGAGCGUCUUCUAGAGGCAGGGCGACUUUUAAGCCUGGAGGGAGAGCCGUUCCAUCAGAUGGUGAAUGCUGUUCGACUAGGUGACGACAAGCAAUACCAACAGCUCGCGGAGGUGAUUGGGAUGACAGAGAUGAAUGCUGAUGAGGUGUUACCUGUCCUUAGUGUACGUGAAGAUUUCCUAGGUAGUUAGUGCUAAGCAUCCGCAUAUCUCGCAUAUUC